AUGAUUUUCUUCCAACACUCAGCUCUGCCCCUGGUGAUGGAGAGGGAAGCAGCCCCUUUGGACGUGUUCUUGAUAGUGUCCCCAGCGGUGGCGCCGUGCUGCUACAGCCGGGUUCUGUCUGUGUGUGAGGGCAGAGGGUUCAGUCUGAGGGGGGUCCAGAGACUGCAGCUCCCCACCAAACAAACCCAGGCACUGGGACUCACCAGACAGCAGGUGUCAGUGUUCUGCAGUCCACCCACUGUUACUGUGGAUGAGAAGAAGGUUGAACUGUCUUCCCACUGCCUGGUCUUACUUCUGAGGAGAGAGAGUGGCCUGCGUCACUGUGCCAGCCUGCCUGCAGCCCUUGUGAAAGAGUUGGAGACACAGAGGUUGUUGGGAUGUAUCCACAUCAGACUGUCAGAUGAAGGAAAGCUGGACCCGAGCAGCUGCUUUCACAUGUUGCCCUACAGAGAGAGCCUGCUCCAUAGCUUUGGUGGGCGUAUGUGGGCCGUACCCAACCCCUGCAAUGUGGUGCUGUCCAAUCACAGGUGUCCAUCCAACCCAGAGCUGGAGCAGGUGGUGGUGCUUACGCUGGCUGGAAGGGACAUCAGUCAGGGCCUGCUACACAGGCUCUGGGCAGGGGACACAACAGAUACUUUACCCCACAUUAACCAUUCCCACAACACAGCCCAUGUAAUUAAAUAUAUGAGACAAUGUGGCUGCCCACAUUGUCUCGACAGCAUGCGCGCGAGGUGAGCCCCUAUUAGGUAAGUGACCGUCUGUGGCAGAGCAGCA